GCGAUUUAAGGGAAAACGAGUCAUAUUCUUCUUCCUUGUAAAUUUCAAGGGACGUAAAGCCGUGGAGAAGAGAAACAAACUCAAGAGUACAAAUAACUACAAUGAAUAGUGUUGGUGAAGACUGCAGUGAGUUGAAGCGAACUUAUGACAGUUGCUUCAACAGAUGGUUUGCGGAAAAGUUCUUGAAAGGAAAAAUUGAAGAAGACAGUGAAUGUAAAGAAAUUUUUACAUCAUAUCAGUCAUGUGUAAAGAAAGCAUUAAAGUCCCAGAAUAUCAGUUUAGAUGAAGUAGAGAAAGAUGUUUUAGGAACGCCAGAAGAAAACCAGCCUCCUCCCAAGGACUAGUAUAAAGUACAUAUUACAGAGGUUUGCUAAGAAUAUUGUACAAAUAAUUUUUUGUUUUUGUUGUUUGUAUGGAAGUAUACAUACACUACCUUCAUUUUUUUUACAGAAUGAAUCUUUGCAUUUGCUAUUUUGUUUUAUAUUUACGUGCAAGGAUAUGUAGUUUGUCAUGAUGCCAAAAAUUCCUAGCUAUUCAAUCAAUAAAUGUUGCAUAAUACACAUUAAACCUAAUGUGUAAAAUGACAUCCACUUAGAAUGCAGAAAUGCUUUCCUUAGGUGAAAAAAGUGUUCUUGUGUUUAUUACAAAACUAAGUAAAUAAGCAUUUUGUUGUUUUUACUUUAGUUUAGUGAUAUUCAUGAUUAACUAGGAAUGACAAUGGGCUCCUCUGGUCCAAAGCAAAUGUAUACAUUGAUUGAAAUGUGAUUGUUAUUUUCUAGGAUGAUAGUACACUAAUGUAACUCACAAUCCUGUUAUAAUGGUACAUCAAUGAAGACUAUUAGUAAAGAUAAUACCAAUGUUUUAUUCUCAUGUGUUACUUUACCCAUGGUUGUGCUUUUUAUAUGUAAGUAUAUGCAAUAUUAACCAUGAUUUAUUUUUUUGUAAGAUGCUAGUACAACUGCAUAUUAAACUAUGCUAUGAUAUACAGUAAUACAAUGUAAAAUCUUCAUAUAUUUUUUGUUUAUUUAUUUUAUUAUUAUUAUUAUUAUUAUUAUUAUUAUUAUUAUUAUUAUUGUAUUUCAAAAGGGGAGUUUUAUAGCUUGAAGAAAAUUGCUGAGCUGCUAGUAUGAUAUACCAGUAUUGCUUGAAUUUCAUAAAGCAUAGUUCUGUGUUCAAAAUAAAAGACAUUAAAAGUAAAGAAGAAAUGGUGAUGAGGUACUAUAAAAGAUAUUCUGCUUAAGAUAUGCAAAGCAUGUAAACAUAUGAUAUUCAUCUAGGAUAUGUAUUUGACAAGACUGUUUCCAUAUAUUAUGUAAAUAGUGGAUGUAAAUGUCUUUUUGCUAGUUUUAUUUAUGUAUAAUAUUGUACAUAACAUUACAUUUUGCAAAUGA